AUGAAUUUGAGGAGCCUUUUCACCACUAUCCUUCUGAUGUUGCUGAAGUGUACCACUUUGAUAAGCACUGAACUGUCAGUGGAACUGAGGAAUGUACAUCAUCUAACUUCAGAAGAUUAUGCUCAUAUCAUCAAUUUGAGACAGCAAGGCAGUUUUCUGAGUGACUGUUAUGAGAUUUUUCAGCAGUCGGAAGGCAAGGCUCAAGAUGGUCUGUACGUCAUUCAGUUAAUGAAGGAUCUUAUAGUUGUUUACUGUGACAUGCAGAGUGCAGAUGGUGGGUGGACAGUAAUCCAGCACAUCACUGUUAAUAGCUCCUUGGACUUUGACAGAACAUGGCAGGACUACAAGCAAGGAUUUGGCUUUGUUAAUGGUGAUCACUGGCUGGGCAAUGAGUUCAUGCAUAGAAUCACUAGUAAGUCAAAUGAAUAUAAGCUGGGAAUAAAAUUAAUCAACGUGAAUGGAGAUGUGAAGUGGGGAGAAUAUGACCCAUUUCUCAUUGAAGAUGAAGAAUCCAAAUAUAAAAUCAGGCUUGGUCUUUAUCAUGGAUCUGCAACUGAUGCUUUGACACAAGAUACAGAAGCUUAUGUUCAUGACAACCAAAAAUUCACCACAAAGGAUAGUGAUAAUGACAACUAUUAUCGGAACUGUGCCAAACUGGAACUCAAUGGGAUCCCAGGUGGAGGAUGGUGGUAUAAUGCCUGUGCUGGAGCCAAUCUGAACAGAAAAAAUGUUGUUUACUGGCAGAAUGAUUGCAAUAAAGAUAACCUGUGCAAGUAUGCAUGGAUGAUGGUAAAACCUAGUAGCAAGAUAGCCAAAUGCAGCAACAGCCCACGUGAUGAGCUAUAAUCAUGGCGCAAAAAAAUAACUGAAAAUGAAUCUGAUACUUAAUUGUAAGCUUAA